UGCCGCCAAAAUGCGUUUCCAUGAGUUAGUCGUGCACAGCCGGUUGCGAGGUACGGAUCGUAUUUGUUAUAUGAUCUUUGUGAACUCAGUCUUCGUGAGUUGAGAAUAACGUUUACUGUGCUAGAGAAAUUAAACGUGCGUGUGGCGCGUUCUUUUCAAGAAAAUAAAGUUCCAAAGCGACGUAUGUUGAAGCUUUGAUAACAUUUAUCGGUGUGCGAAAAGUCUUUUAAAUUUUUCUACACAUCGCUAGUGAAUCUAAAAGAUUAAAUUUGUGAAACAUUGUUGUCAUCAAGAUAGUUUAAAAAUGAGAAAAGUUAUGGAGAAACAACUGUCCUGGCUAGCCCUGAUUGUUACUACAUUUUAUUCACUGCUUGGCAGUUGUCGGAGCCAAGAGUGCGGACACGAAAGGCUGGUGAGAUGCGGAAGGCCUUUCGAGAGAAUCAACACCAACGACUUGAGCUUCGUGGCGAAGAAAGAGGAACUUCAACAGCUGUGCCCAGACUUCGAGGCUGGCAUGAAGUGCAUCCAGACGUACACGUUCGACUGCAUGGAAGAGAAACAAAGGGAGCACUUCAACUCGUUAUACGUGGGCACCAACAAGGUAGUCAUGGAGCUGUGUCAAGAUGGCCCUUAUCAAGACGAAUUUCUUCAACACGCGCCAUGCAUGCAAAAAGUGCAACCUAAAUACGAGCUCUGCUACAAGAAAUACCAGAAAACCACUCAGGAAAUCGAAAGGAGAAAUAACACGAACCUGAAUGGAUCUCUCAAAUCUCUGUGCUGUGGCUUCAAGGAAUUUUUGGAAUGCUCACACCAUACGGUCCGCCGACAAUGUGGCGAUGACACAGCUCGAUUUGCAAAGGAUUUCCUUGACAGAAUGUCGAGCUCGCUUCUCAGGGUACACUGCGCCCCGUACACCGACGAGGUGUGCGCGAUCGGGAAUAGCGCCAGCGUGUACAGGAUUCAGGCUAUAGUGAUCGUGGUGGUUGCGGUGCUCGCGACGUACUUCACGUAAGCGAUUAAAUGGCACUCGUAUAGCCGGAAAAAGGGGACGAUUUCCGUGCAUCACGAGCGUCGUGCUGAAACCGGGGCCCUCCGUUCGUUCUCCGCUUCGGAUUCGCCAGAGUUUUUUUUUUUUUUUCAUUUUCCAACCGAGGAGGAGAGAAGAGAAAGAGAGAGAAAGAGAAAGAGGAAGG